GCCUUCCUUCACAGCGCACAAUGGCGCUCACAGCGGCCGGCCGGCGGGAGUCAAGCGAGCGGGUCGUGCAGGUGCCAGGAGAGAAACCACAUCUGUGCUCUGUGUGUGACAGAAGCUUUACAAGUAAAUCAUAUCUUCUCAUACAUCAGAGGAGUCACACAGGAGAGAAACCACAUCUGUGCUCUGAGUGUGACAAAAGCUUUACACAUAAAUCAAAACUUAUCAUACAUCAGAGGAGUCACACAGGAGAGAAACCAUUUGAAUGUUCUGAAUGUAGCAAGUGUUUUUCCCAGAAGUCAUAUCUUCUCAUACAUCAGAGGAGUCAUACAGGAGAGAAACCACAUCUGUGCUCUGAGUGUGACAGAAGCUUUACACAUAAAUCAAAACUUAUCAUACAUCAGAGGAGUCACACAGGAGAGAAACCAUUUGAAUGUUCUGAAUGCAGCAAGUGUUUUUCCAAGAAGUCACUUCUUCUUAUACAUCAGAGGAGUCACACAGAAGAGAAACCAUUUAUUUGUUCUGAAUGCAGCAAGUGUUUCUCCCAGAAGUCACAUCUUGUUAUACAUCAGAGGAGUCACACAGGAGAGAAACCACAUCUGUGCUCGGAGUGUGACAGACGCUUUACAUGUAAAUCACAUCUUAGCAGACAUCAGAAGAGUCACACAGGAGAGAAACCACAUAUGUGCUCGGAGUGUGACAGAAGCUUUACAUAUAAAUCGCAGCUUAUCAGACAUCAGAGGAGUCACACAGGAGAGAAACCAUUUGAAUGUUCUGAAUGCAGCAAGUGUUUUUCCCAGAAGUCAGAGCUUGUUAUACAUCAGAGAGUUCACACAGGAGAAAAACCAUUUGAAUGUUCUGAAUGCAGCAAGUGUUUUUCCCAGAAGUCAGAGCUUGUUAUACAUCACAGGAGUCACACAGGAGAAAACACAAUUAUAUGUUCUGAAUGCAGCAAAUGUUUUGCCAGGAAGUCAUAUCUUGUUAUACAUCAGAGGAUUCACACAGGAGAGAAACCAUUUAAAUGUUCUGAAUGUAGCAAGUGUUUUUCCCAUAAGUCAUUUCUUAUUCGACAUCAGAGGAGUCACACAGGAGAGAAAUCAUUUAUAUGUUCUGAGUGCAGCAAAUGUUUUUCCCAUAAGUCAUAUCUUGUUAUACAUCAGAGGAGUCACACAGGAGAGAAACCAUUUAUAUGUUCUGAAUGUAGCAAGUGUUUUUCCCGGAAUUCACAUCUUGUUAUACAUCAGAGGAGUCACACAGGAGAGAAACCAUUUACAUGUUCUGAAUGUAAGAAGUGUUUUCCCCAGAAGUCAAAGCUUGUUAUACAUCAGAGGAGUCACACAGGAGAGAAACCAUUUGAAUGUUCUGAAUGUAGGAAGUGUUUUUCCCAGAAGUCACAUCUUGUUAUACAUCAGAGGAGUCACACAGGAGAGAAACCAUUUACAUGUUCUGAAUGCAGCAAAUGUUUUUCCAGGAAAUCACUUCUUAUUAUACAUCAGAGGAGUCACACAGGAGAGAAACCAUUUACAUGUUCUGAAUGUAGCAAAAGCUUUACACAUAAAUCAAAACUUAUCAUACAUCAGAGGAGUCACACAGGAGAGAAACCAUUUGAAUGUUCUGAAUGCAGCAAGUGUUUUUCCAAGAAGUCACUUCUUCUUAUACAUCAGAGGAGUCACACAGAAGAGAAACCAUUUAUUUGUUCUGAAUGCAGCAAGUGUUUCUCCCAGAAGUCACAUCUUGUUAUACAUCAGAGGAGUCACACAGGAGAGAAACCACAUCUGUGCUCGGAGUGUGACAGACGCUUUACAUGUAAAUCACAUCUUAGCAGACAUCAGAAGAGUCACACAGGAGAGAAACCACAUAUGUGCUCGGAGUGUGACAGAAGCUUUACAUAUAAAUCGCAGCUUAUCAGACAUCAGAGGAGUCACACAGGAGAGAAACCAUUUGAAUGUUCUGAAUGCAGCAAGUGUUUUUCCCAGAAGUCAGAGCUUGUUAUACAUCAGAGAGUUCACACAGGAGAAAAACCAUUUGAAUGUUCUGAAUGCAGCAAGUGUUUUUCCCAGAAGUCAGAGCUUGUUAUACAUCACAGGAGUCACACAGGAGAAAACACAAUUAUAUGUUCUGAAUGCAGCAAAUGUUUUGCCAGGAAGUCAUAUCUUGUUAUACAUCAGAGGAUUCACACAGGAGAGAAACCAUUUAAAUGUUCUGAAUGUAGCAAGUGUUUUUCCCAUAAGUCAUUUCUUAUUCGACAUCAGAGGAGUCACACAGGAGAGAAAUCAUUUAUAUGUUCUGAGUGCAGCAAAUGUUUUUCCCAUAAGUCAUAUCUUGUUAUACAUCAGAGGAGUCACACAGGAGAGAAACCAUUUAUAUGUUCUGAAUGUAGCAAGUGUUUUUCCCGGAAUUCACAUCUUGUUAUACAUCAGAGGAGUCACACAGGAGAGAAACCAUUUACAUGUUCUGAAUGUAAGAAGUGUUUUCCCCAGAAGUCAAAGCUUGUUAUACAUCAGAGGAGUCACACAGGAGAGAAACCAUUUGAAUGUUCUGAAUGUAGGAAGUGUUUUUCCCAGAAGUCACAUCUUGUUAUACAUCAGAGGAGUCACACAGGAGAGAAACCAUUUACAUGUUCUGAAUGCAGCAAAUGUUUUUCCAGGAAAUCACUUCUUAUUAUACAUCAGAGGAGUCACACAGGAGAGAAACCAUUUACAUGUUCUGAAUGUAGCAAGUGUUUUACUAGUAAGAAAACACUCAGUAAUCACAUGCGGAGUCACUCUGAGGGCCUGAAUGCAGCUUGUGUAUCAUAACUAAUGUAACUUAUCACAACUGUAUGAAUUCAAUGGAACCAAUAUUUAUUUUCUGAAUGUGACAAGUGUUUUAUAUAAAUUUGUCUUGAUAAAGACAGGAGAGGUCUGACAAGUGGACCUGGAGGUACUUUUCCCCUUGGGAAGGUCUCUGUGUGUUGGGAACUAGAGCUGCAGUAUAACAAUAGCCAAUGACCGUGGGACUGCCAUUACUGAGCUCUGUAAUAUACAGCUGUUCUGCUCAUGCAGGUGCUGGGACUAGUAGAGAAUUCCAGCAGCUCCUCUCAGUACUGGGAUUCCUUCUCUGACCAGCAGGGCUAUGAGUGCUGGGUAUUUCUACAGGAACAAUGUAUGCUGCUCUGUUUCACCGUAUGGGUUAUUGUACGGGGUGUUAUUUUUAACCACUUUUAGAUGCCAUUUUGUCCAUGUUUAACUCCAUUUUGUAUGUGUAUGACCUCAUUGCUUUAUAUACUGUACAUACUUUUUAUUAGUAUUAGUGCUUUGCAGACAUAUAGGCACCAGUUAGAAAUAAAGUCUCACGUUAAGUUACAAGUUUUCUUUCACCUUUGACAUAGUGUGAAAGACAUGGUGAGUGGGAAGUGUAUACAGCUUUUAGGGUGGUUGAUAAUAAAUAAAUGUUCCUGUUAUCAGUAUCUCAGAUGGAAACUGUCUAGUAAGAUGUUUGGGGUAUUGUGUACAUAAGUAGGGGAAAGGGUACAGUUGUCUAGAAUAACAUAAAUUAUGUUAUCCUGAAUGACUACUGCACCCAGCGUCACAGACCCUGAAUGUAAUAUCUGGUAAGACAAUGUUAGCGUAUCCUUGCAGGGUUAUAAAGCCUAGAGACUUACACAUAGCAAGUAGUUCUGAUGGAAGCUAGGUCUGGCUGCAGCGGACCUAGACUUCUACAAACCCCCUCCAGCUUUUAACUUGCAACAAAGUUAUUAGGCGGGACCCAAGAGAAUGACUGAACUACAUUAAACUACUUAGUUAAUCGAUGACCAUCAUCUGGGACAGAUCUUAUAAUAGCUGGGAUAAGAGCAGAGUGUAUCUGAUUUCAUUAUUUUUGGCUCUUCACAAGAUAUCUCCCAUGAUAAGAGAUGUGAAUAAAGAAAAGAGAGUGGAACAGGCACGGCGAUGGAUUGAGAGUGGUGAAACAUUUCAUGAUGUGAUUUUCACAGAUGAAUCGUCUGUUGCCCUUGAGCGGUUCUCCAGAAUGUCAUUCCGGAAACGUAACCAUAUCAUUAAAACCAUGCCCAAAGCAUCCAUUGAAAGUCCAUGUAUAGGGAGGCAUAUCACGAUUAGAAGCUGGUCCCCUGUUAUUUUUCGAAGGGAUCAUGGAUAAGAAAUGUUUCCAAGAAACAAUAGUAGAGGGAUGUAUGGUGCCAUUUGUGAAUAAAUAUUACCCAACUAACCAUAGGAUAUUCCAAGACAAUGAUCCUAAACACUCCGCCUCAGCCAAAUUUAUGGAAGAGAAAGGUAUGAAUUGGGAACGCACACCACCAGAAUCACCAGACAUGAACCCAAUCGAAUUAGUGUGGGCUCAAUUGAAGAGGUACAUUAGGAGUGUUGCGAAGCCAACAACAAAACAGCAGCUGUUGGAUGGGAUAAAGAAAUUUUGUCUAGAAGUACUCACACCUGAACAUUGUAAUAAUUAUAUAAAUCACCUGUAUAAACUAUUACCUGUUAUAGUCGAAAGAAAUGGUCAAGCCACAAAUAUGUAGUUCUGUACUGUAUUUUCUGUUUAAAAUUUUAAAUUGGUGCAUUAUUAAAAAUGUUUAUAAAAUU